AUGUUCGGUGUUCGGCCGAACAUGUUCGGUGUUCGCCUCAAGGAUAGGCGAGGGCCGCCGACAGAGGGCGUCGCACCGCCAGAGAUUGCCAUUGAGGGCGAGGGGGCGGAGGACGAUGACGAGGAGGAGGAGGAGGAGGAGGAGGAGGAGGAGGAGGAGGAGGAGGAGGAGGAGGAGGAGGAGGAGGAGGAGGAGGAGGAGGGGGAGGGUGAGGGGGAUGCUGAUGACACAGCGACUGGGGUGGAGCCUGCUGUUGGUAGUAGCAGUGGCGCGGCGUUAGCGUAG